GCCGCGGCCGCCUUGCCCGCGGAGGCGGGAGGCGUUUGGCCGAGUCCCGCGGGCUCCAGCGCGGCCUUCUCGCCGGCCUGCUCCAGAGGGAUCCUUCGUUCUCCUUCCUGCAUAACCACCCACUUCGGGGCCCUCUUUUCCCCUCAGGGCCUCUGGAAGACCUAGACUUAGUCAGAGUGUCGGAAAGGGCUGUGCCUUGCGUGGGUAGGAAGUUUGCCUUCCCUGAAUCCUGGCUGCCUCUCAGGCCUGCCCUUCUCUGCUGGGGAUCAGAAUCCGGCGCUGCCCGACGGUGGUCACUUCUGCCCGACUGUGCUUCGUGAAGGCAGAGCCCUUGUGCUUCCUUCACUGCUGUAUCCCGUUGCUUGGUUGAGCACCUGGCACGCGUGGCAACCACCCCUUAAGUGUUCCUGGAGUGAUUCACAACCGCCACACACUCUGUAAGAUGAAUGAAGCCUCAGGGGGCAGAUGCUCAAGUGUUGUAGCUGCUUUGGUUUCACCCUGUGUCCCCGCCAGAGAAUAUCUGGGGGUGGAGGUCUCUUGGCCAGGACACAUGGAUGCUCACCCACCGAGCCUCAUGGUAGGAGUCUUGACGGCCUCCGUUCCCUCUCUCAUCCUGUGAAGGAGGCUGUGACGUUUGGUGAUGUGGCUGUGCACUUCUCGAAGGAGGAGUGGCAAUGUCUGGACCCUGGCCAGAGGGCCCUCUACAAGGAGGUGAUGCUGGAGAACCACAGCAGUGUGGCCGGACUAGCAGGAUUUCUUCUCUUCAAGCCUGAGCUGAUCUCCCGGCUGGAGCAGGGGCAAGAGCCAUGGGUCCUCGAUCUGCAGGGAACAGAGGGGAGAGAGGCACCAAGGACCCCCCAGAGAGGAGGAGCCUUAUCCUGCCUGUGUGUUUCAGAUUGUAUGAUAAGCACUGAUGGUGAGCAGGCCAGUGAAGAUAUGCACAUGCUGAAAUCGGAGUCCCUGGCCGCAGUGGUCAAAACCUCCCCUCAGGAUUCCCCUCAGAGUCCUGGCUUUGGAGACACUUCUGAUUCUGAGGUCUGGCCAGAGAGAAAGCCGAGCUCCCUAUUCCAGAAACACCACUUGCAUGUGGGAACUGUGGCUCCCAGGAAGACCUCUGCCAAGGAGGAUGUGCAGGGCCACAGUGGCCUGGGUUGUCAGCCUGAGAGAAUUCAGGGGGUUGCUGCAGACAGGCUAUCCCAAAGGUGCGAUGCAUGUGGCAGGAGUUUCAGAUACACAGCUCUGCCUCAGGAAGUCAGUGUACAGAAGAAACCUAAUAGAUGUCAAGAGUGCCAGAAAAAGUUAUCUGAUUGCUUACAGGAGAAGCAACAAAAUAACUGCCAUGGAGAGAAGCCGUAUGAGUGUGAGGAAUGUGGGAAAGUCUUCAGGUUGUGCUCACAGCUUAAUCAGCAUCAGAGAAUCCACACUGGAGAGAAACCAUUCAAAUGCAUCGAGUGUGGAAAAGCUUUUCGCCUGAGCUCAAAACUUAUUCAGCAUCAAAGAAUUCACACUGGAGAGAAGCCCUAUAGGUGUGAGGAGUGUGGGAAAGCCUUUGGUCAGAGCUCCAGCCUCAUCCACCAUCAGAGGGUGCACACGGGAGAGAGGCCCUAUGGCUGUCAUGAGUGUGGGAAGGCCUUCAGCCAGCAGUCUCAGCUGGUCAGACACCAGAGGACUCACACUGGAGAGAGGCCCUACUUGUGCCAGGAGUGUGGGAAGGCCUUCAGCCAGAGUUCAACCCUGUCUCAGCACCAGCGGAUGCAUACUGGGGAGAAGCCUCCAGUUCCAAGGCCCAUGGAUGGUGCUAGCCUUGUUGCCCACCAGAGAAUCCACGCUUCAGAGAAACCAUUUAAGUGUGACGAGUGUGGGAAGGCUUUCAGGUGGGUCUCUCGCCUUAGUCAGCAUCAGCUGACUCACACUGGAGAGAAACCGUAUAAGUGCAACAAAUGUGCGAAAGCUUUUGGUUGUAGCUCACGGCUUAUUCGUCACCAAAGAACUCACACUGGAGAAAAACCAUUCAAAUGUGAUGAGUGUGGGAAGGGUUUUGUCCAGGGCUCACACCUGAUUCAGCACCAGAGAAUUCACACAGGAGAGAAACCCUAUGAGUGCAGUGACUGUGGAAAAGCCUUCAGCCAAAGCUCUAGCCUCAUUUACCAUCAGAGGAUCCACAAGGGAGAGAAACCCUACGAGUGCCUGGAAUGUGGAAAAGCCUUCAGUAUGAGCACACAGCUCACAAUCCAUCAGAGGGUUCACACUGGUGAGAGGCCAUAUAAGUGUGGUGAGUGCGGGAAAGCGUUCAGUCAGAACUCAACCCUUUUCCAACACCAGAUAAUUCAUGCUGGAGUGAAACCCUAUGGAUGCAGUGAGUGUGGGAAAGCCUUCAGUCGGAGUUCGUACCUUAUUGAGCACCAGAGGAUUCACACACGAGCCCAGUGGUACCACGAAUAUGGGGGCACCCUGGAGGGUUCUACUCACGUGAUUCGUAAAAAAGUUAACACUGUAAAGAAACUACACAAAUGUAAUGAAUGUGAGAAAAUAUUCAGAUGGCGCUCACACCUCAUUAUACAUCAGAGGAUUCAUACCGGAGAGAAACCUUAUAAAUGUAACGAAUGUGGCAAAGCCUUUAAUCGGAGCUCAAGACUCACUCAGCAUCAGAAGAUUCACAUGGGAUAGACCACUCACCUCUGUAAAUGUGUGUAAAUGGGAAUAAACCCACAGCCUUAACCUACUUAUUUUAUGUGGGAUUAUUGAUCCUGACAAGUUAACAAUGUUGGUAAAGAUUUAGAAUUGCUCUCUUCAGACUAUCCAAGUUCAUACAAAGUGUGUGUUUAUUUGCUGGAAUUUUGACCUUAUCCCACUCAGUAAAGUCUGUGUCCCUUGCAUCAGGGUGGCCACGUGUAGCAUUUUGAUUACACAGGGGGAAUACCCCAGGUUCAGCAGCUGAGGCCUAAGACGCCCUGUGAGCUCUGCCAGACGAAAUGCUCAGUGUCUGAAGCAUGAGUUACUCAGACUGGCUUCAAUAAGGAUGUGUGAGCUCGAUUGCAGGGAAGUCCAGAAGAGGAGUGUCUGGGAUUCCCUUCUGAUUUCACCUGACUCCUUUUAUUUAAACCACUUUCCCCAUCAGCAGCCCAGGCAUGCAGCCCACCCAGGGUCAACUUGAGUUUCCACAUGGGUCAGCCGGUCUGGCUAAUCUGACCGACAGGCUGGGACCAUCCAUGUUCAUUCACUGUCUCACAGAGCAUCUAAUUAAGGCCUGGAGGCCACUGGAUAAGGCAGACUUGCAGCAUUGACCCCAGCCCUGUCCAGGAUCCUGGGUUCACCAGCCAUGAAUGAGUCCAGGGGCCAGGAGUCCUGUUCAGGCAGGCUGUUACCUAGGGCCACUCAUUUGAGACCUGUUGACCUUUGGUGCUAUUGCCACAAUCUGGCAAUAUUGAGACCCCCAUCCCAGUGGAGAGGCCCAUUUCUCCUACAUGUGGACAGGUAGCCCAGAGGGACACAGGUCACUUCAGGAUCUGUUGCUACACUUGAUUUGGGUCACCAUCACACUGGUUUGGUCAAGCCCAUAGCCAGGUCCCCAGGACCUUGCUGCUUUCUUCAGUGUGCAUAGCAUAGCCUGUAGCAGGCAAUGGAUUUGUGUCAGGUGAAGAAAGUGCUUGCUGGUCCCUGUGUUGGCACCAGGAGGUUCCUGAGCUUUCUAGCGGUGGUGGGAGCAGCAGAGUUCAAGAUGAUUGAGUUUAUGUGAGUUUGUGUUUCCAGCACAUGGGCGGAGCCAGUCAGCCUAAUCACCAGCUGCUGCUGCUUACCCAGCACAGUGUGUGUGUGACAUGUCUCCCACCUGGUGCCAGGAGACCAUGAAAUCAGUGUGCCCACCUCUCCAGGUGUCCCUGUUCCACCCAGAACUCAUGUCUGAGUCAGUGCCAGAGGACCAGGGACUUUUCAGUACAUUGUGCAGAGGUUAUGCUCAUUGUGUCCCUGCCAUGGCUGCUGUGCUCAACCAGGUCACUGCUGGCACAUUUGGACAGGUGGGCCCAAUCUGAAAAGGGCCAUAAAUAUUUUAGGUCACCCAACGAGACAACAGCCAAGGUCUUGAGUGGACAGGGCACACUCUUGCCAUCUGCUGGCACUGGGUACUGUUGUGUGCUCUCCAUUGGACCCCCACCUCCCUCACCUCCUGGGUAAUGAGGGACAAAGGUGUGGGGGUUAUAUGGACUCUCCCAGACUCCAUCCUGGGCAUGAUACUCUUUUCUUUCCCCUAACAGUAACUGCAGGCUAGACAAGGCCAGAGACUCCCACCUUAAAUCUGCUUCAAUACCUGAGUCUCUGGACAGUAGUGGUCCUGGAUCAGGGGCUGGUGAACUAUGGCCUAUGGGCCAAACCCAGUCUGCAGCCUGCUUUUGUGUGGUGCGUUAACCAAACACAGGCCAUUAGAUUGGGUGGCUUGAAUGCCUCAGUACCUACCAAGCAGACCAGAAGCUUAGCCAGUCCAUGUAAGUGCAUCUGUCACAGCCAACAGGCUUCCCAAAUAAGGCAACUGCUUGAGCUGUAGCCAAACGAUUUCCAUGCUUUGCUUGUACAACUCUAUGAAAACCUCUCUGGCUCCCCUCCACAGAGCGCUCGGUUUGGCACUGCCUGGUUCCAAUCCAUGUUUGCUCAAGUAAACUCUGAAAUUUUAAUAUGCCUCACUUUACCUUUUAGCAGAGCUGAGAAUGGGUUUUUACAUUUUUAAGUGGCUUGGAAAACAAAAGACAUUUUGUGACAUUUGAAAAUUAUAUCGAAGUUAAAUUUCAUUGUGACCAAAUAAAGUUUACUGGAACACAGCCAGCCUAACUGCUUUCUCGUUACAAGAGCCAAGUCUACCACACGGCCUGUGUCGCCUCGUUAAAAUCCUUAUGCUCUCCAACCUUUGAGAAAUUAUUUUUCUUCUCAACUGUUAGUGUGGUUCGUUCACUAAAAUGUCCCAAUACAACUGAGAAUUCAUAGCAAUAAUCCCAAGUCCUACACUCCAGUCAAAAACACCCAGCUGCAGAAGUAGAAGAGGAGGAGUCUCUUAGCUGCGUCCAUGUGAAAAAGAUGUGUCACCAGUGGGCCCCUGGGCCAGACACUUUCAAUUCAAACUACUGUGCAGUUAAUGAGGUUCCAGGAACACAUGAAAAGUACAUGUGCUGGGAGCUCCUGCAGAAAAGAGGGGUCAUGGGCUACUAUGGGGCCGUGCAAGUUUUGGAAUAUUCUGCUCUACUUUCAAGCUGUAUUUCCCAAUUUGGGAUUCAGUAAAUAUAAUAAACUCAUUUUAAGGAUUUCCAGUUUGUUUCAGAGUAGGUUUUAAAAUACUUUGAACUUCUCUUUUGGAGUUAAUAAAUUAAACCUGUAAUUUUGAGCUGAAGUUGCUUUCAUUGUCAAUUAUUAAACUGUGAUUUAUGAAAUUG